UUUUUUAAUAUAGUUUAUGCAUAUGUGCCCUUAGUAUAUGGGUAGAACAGAAGAAACCAAAUUCACAGUAUACAUUUGGAUAUGAACGAGUUGAAGUUCUUGCAGUUUUCGUAUCUACAACUUUUUCCAUAAUUAGUUCACUUUUCACUGUAAAGAAAAGUAUAGUGCGAUGGAUACAACAAUCUCAAGUUCAUACUGGCCGUUUAUUUCCUGGAAUUAUUGUGGCUUUUUUAUGUCAUAUGUUAAUAACAUAUUGUAUGAAGAAUAAAGGUUUAAAUCUUGUUAUAUGUGCAUCUGAUUCAAGCUGGCUACAGAAUCGGAUGUCAUCCAUUAGUCAGAGCUUAUGUCAUAUUGUUCCUGGUUGGAAUGGUACUUCGUGGCCUAGGAUAAAUCCAUUUUCUCUUUUAGGAUGUGCAGCUGGAAUGAUUUCCGUUUUUGCUCUCUUUUUUAUUGAUAUUUAUGACUACUAUAGUGCAGAUGCAAUGGCUGGCAUUUUCAUAUCAACUUUAACUUGCAUAACCAUGUAUCCUAUGAGUUCAUAUAGUGCAAAGAUCCUGUUACAGGGAACUCCACCUCAUGUAACUGAUUUACUGGACAAGUGCCUUCGUGAAGCGUCUACAUUGGAUGGAGUUUUGGAAUUUAGAAAUGAGCAUUUUUGGCUCUUAGGAUUUGAUAAAAUUGUUGGAACAAUCCAUGUCCGCAUACGUAGAGAUGCUAAUGAACAGAUUGUUUUAUCCCAUUUAUUGAAUAAGUUGUCAUCUCUUGUCACAGAUAUUACAAUUCAGGUAACAAAAUCGGUUUUUAAAGAUGAAUGGGCAUGGAGUAGCAGUACAAGACAAAUUUUAAAUGAAUCUUUUAUGAAAUUUCCACCAAUAACUGAAGUAUACUCAGCAACCUCAAUUCCUGUAGCUAAUUCAUCAAGCACUAUUAAAGAAGCUCUUUCGUCUUCAAACUCUGCAAAAACUAAUUCCUCAUCUACAUACACCAGUCCUCCAAUAAAAAUUCCUGAACAGACACAUGCUUCUUAUGGCUAUGCAACCAUUCCUCUCCCUCCUUCUUUAUCAGGGUCUCAAGCUUCAAAGACUAAAAUGCAACACUUUGCUGUAGAUAUGAUGCCUGAAACGGCUUUCAUGCCAAAGCAUACGUCUUCUGAACUAAGUCUACAGUCAUCCUCAAAAAUGUACCAAACUGUAUACAGCCAGAUGCCGACCUCUCAGGCAAGUAUAUGGACGAGAAUUAACUAUUAAUCCUCUUUUUACCACAAAUUCUGAUUACAUCAAAGCCUACAAAAGCUGAUACUAUAAUUUUAUGGUAGUUAUGUCUUUUUAAAAAAAUUUAUACAUAAUGCAAGAAGGUUGUGCAAUUCCUGGCAUUGCCGAACUUUCAGAAAGACUACUGAUUUAGCUAAAAAUCACAGGUAUUGACAUUUUGAGUUAUAAAUAUAUAUUUGUGCUGCAUUUGUAUAUUAAAAGUAUAUCAUCCUCCAUCAUAUGCUAAGUGAGUACAUGUAAUUGAAUAAAAGAGUAUUUUUAUAUUCUUUUGGACGUAUUUUUAAUGGAUAAAAUUAUGUGAUAGUGCUAGUUUAUUAAUCUUUUAAUAAAAUUUUCUAGUCAAAAGGAAUUAAUAAAUAUUUAGCUCAUUUAAAUUGUAAAACAUGAUUAACUUUUGAUGUUUCAUCUGGUGUAAAAAAAGUAUCAGAAUCGUGGUGUUGAAAAGUGAAAAUUAUUAGAAUAAAUAUAAAAAUUUAUUGCAAUAUAAAUACAGAAAUACAUUAAGUAAGUUUUAUGUCAUUAGAACAUGCCAACUGUGCAUUUGAUUACUCUAUUAAUAGUAGAAUGAUAUGGUUUAACCUUUGAACUGGUCAAGCGGGAGACUGUUGAUUAAUUUAACACAUUUAUUCGGCAAAAUGAAAAGUGUUUAUCUGUCAGUAGUAAACACAAAAUGUAUUGAAAUUUAUAGUAAAUAGUGCUUCAUAUAUAGUGCAAUAAUCAACUUCUUCCUUAAGCAGAAAUUUAGAAUACUAGGAAUCAUAAAAGUUGACAUGUUUCUAAAUUUCUUGCUUGUACAGAUUGGGCUAAAUAAAUGUUAUUAAGAUGUUGUACAUUGUUAUAUUUAAUGAAAAAUGUAAGAAAAUUGUACUAGUUAAUUGUGGUUAAGUGAUUGAUGUGUAUCUGCAUUUACAAUGCCUUUGUGAAUAACUUUCUAAGAAAACUAAUUUGGUUUCAUGAUUACCUAUGGUGAAAACUCGUGUAUCCAGCCUUUUCAGACCUAGUGGGCAAUUUUAUUCAUAUUAUAAUAUAUGUGUAAUAUGUUAAGUAUUAGAUUUAUGAUAAUUUAUGUAAUUUGAACAUUUUGCCCAUUUACUGUGUUUAAUAACAAAGGUCUUUUAAUUGUAUAUUUGUUUAUACUUUUUGGUCUUUUAAGUUUUAGUUCAUCAUGCUACCUGUAACUAUAGGUAAUUUUAGGAUUCCUGUCAGAAUUCUGCAUUCAUUUCUUUUAGAAUGUCAUCCUACUAAUCAAUGAACUAUUUGAAAAGAGCAUAUAAAAAAUUAAAAUCAAAUAAUCUUAGUAAUAUUAUUAUAAUAAUGAUAAUAUUAUUAUUAUAUUAUUAUUAAUCUUAAUAAGACAAAAAUCAAAAUUAUUUAAUUUGCAGUGCAUUUAGAAAAUAUUUUUGUAGAAUGUAAUACACAGAUCUCUUAUAUCAUGCAUAUUUCUUACAAUAACUGAUAAAAUAUCUGAUAUAAAUCUGUGUUGAGUAUUUUCUGUUGGUUUGCCCUUCCUUUAAUAGCAGAAAUAUGAAAUUACUUUCUUAUAAAACCUAGCAAAAUGCUGCAGUUUCAAAUGUGAAACGAAAACUGUGCAAAAAAAAUUUUAACUGAGUUUAAGGCUUGGUGUGUUUAAAUGUAGGGGAAGUCUUGGAAAUGUUGAUUUUUUUUUUUUAAAUUUAGUUUGAAUUUAUAUUAAGCAAGUUUUUUUUAAUAUCAAUAUAUUUUAUUUAUUAUGUUGCAUUAGUUAAUGAGAUCAUUUUAAAUUACCUAUUGUGGUGUGAAAUUAUGUAUGUGCAGCAUAUAGCUCCCAUUAUUUUUAUAACAAAUCAAUAAGAGAUCUGUACUCAUUUGUCUUUCUAACUGAAACGUAUAAAUUCAGAGCAAACUAUAUUGAUGAUGUGAGUUUGUAGGAAUACAAGAUACACUUCUUAUUGCUGUAAGAUUGAAUGAAAUCAUGCAUUUUUAAUUGUAAAAUAGAAAUUGCAGCAAAUUCAAUUAAAAAUUUGGAAGUUUAAAUCAAACUUAAAUUUUUAAAAAAUCUAGAUUUUUUUUUUUUUUUUUUUUUUUUUUUCUUUUUUUUUCAGAGAUUUUAAAAUGUACUGGAUGUACUAUAUCUCUGUUGCUUAUUGAUGCUUAGCUAUUUUAAAAACUUAUAUUUUUAAUUUACAAAUAUAUUUUGCGGUUUUAAUUUCAAUGUUGAAAAAAAAGCUAACAAUAUGUUUGUUGAAUAUGAUGAUUGUGGGAUAGUUAUAAAAUAGAUGCAGUCUAUAGCUGAUUGAUCCUAUUCUUUAUUCAUCGCAUAGCUUUAUUGACAUAAACAUAUAUUUCUAAAUUAAAUUAGUACAAAAGAUAUGCCAAUUGUUUAAUAAUUGUAAGCAUAUGUUCAAUUAUUCAUAGCAUUACAACUGGUGAUGAAGAGAAACAGAAGAACUAUGUGUUAGUGUAACAUUGGCAAAUAUAAGAACAAAAAUGAUAUUAUUGAUGCUAGAUUUAAUAGUGUAAUUAUUGUGUACCACAAAAGAGAGACACAGUAUAGCUUAAUUACUCUUGGUUAACAAAAAGUGUUAAUUUAAAUAUUUUGGAAUACUAUUAAAAGAAAGGUUUCAAUUCUGCUUUUAGAAUUAUGUAAAUCAUGUCAUUAUAUAAGAAUCAUUUGACAAUUUUAGUUUGAAAUGAUACUUUUAUAUCAUUUAUAUCAGAGAGAUUGAUUGCAAAUAUUUUAUUAUUUUCAUGCUAAGAAAAGGAGAAAUAACCAAAUGAAAAUUUAUAGGGCUGUUAUAAAUUAGAGUAUUAUCUUAUAUAUACACAUGUACUAUGUUGCAGAUAUAUUACAUAUAUCUUAAAUGAUAAAAUUUUAUGCUUUGAGUCAUUAUCUGACUGAAAUUUUAUUUACAGACUGUUAAAUUAAGUUAUCAAAACUUAAAGCCAUUUAGGUCUGUACUGUUAUUUAAUCACUAUAAACAGUGAAUGUCAAGGGAAGUAAUGCAAUAUGCAUAAAAUACUCUCGCUUUCAUUCCUUAAGUUUACUGUAUAAAAUUUGAAAGAUGAAAUGCAUUAAGUAAAGUCAUCCAGAAUUUUAGAAUCAUUGAAGGAGAAUGGCUGCGUUUGAAAUUUGGAAUGCCUAAGGAAUGAGAGGUAUAUUAUUCAUUUACUGUAUAUAUCAUAUGAUGAAGCCUCAGAAUUAUGUUUUAGUCCUGUAUGUUGUUAUGUAUAAUCAAUUUUCAAUGUGUCUAAAGUAGUAGAAACUGGAUAUUUCUACAGUCUGUAAUGGAUUUUAAAUCUUAAUAUUUAUUUAAGAACUUUCUAAAUAUUUCAUGACACUUUGAUGUAUUUUUCUUGUCUAUGUUUUAUGUCUAUCUUUGUUAUUAACGCCUUCCCCCCAAAAGGCUGUUUUUAGUAUGCUUUGUUUUUUGUGUUUUCUAAUGGAAUGCUGACUUAGUUUCAAGUCUGAGUAUAAAUAAAAGCUGAUUAGUUUUCUAAUAAA